AUGAGAAGCACUCACGCAAUGCCACCGAAGAAGAAGUCGGAAACGCCACCAAAGAAGCCAAAGACACCCAAGAAGAAGACACCCCCUCGCGAUGACGCCAACGAAGACAUACCAGCAGUACCAGAUGUGUCUCCCAAUCAGGAGGAAUCAGAGAAUGAAGAGGUGGAGAGAUUGCUCGCGGAGGCGCUAGAUGAAGGACUGCCAGACGAUUUGGAGGAGAACCUUAUCGAGUUUGCAGAAGAGGAAGGAGAAGGAGAAGACGUGCCAGAACAACCAGUAGAACCCGACGACGAUGGAGAUGAACGGAUGGAUGUGGAUGAGCCUCCUCCUUCGGGGGUGGUUGCAGAUGCACCGGCGGCUCCGAGUGGCCCUCGUCUUCGUCCUCGUCGUCCUGCAGGUGGUGCAGCCCCUCCAUCGCCUGCAGCUAAUCCACCCCCUGCAGCUAACCCGCCACCUACACCAGCUGAAGCUCUGCAAGAGAUGGCCGCCAUCACCGCGAACUGGGGCGCACAGUACCGUACCCUGAGAGACUGCAUACCAAAAGAACCAGACAGAACGUGGCUCAAAGGUAGUACCGAGAAACUGACGGAACAUACCUGCGAGUUCAAGACACUUCGCAAGUUCCGGGAACUGUCAGACCAGAGUCCAAAUGAUGGCCCCGCGAUGAUGCAACAGAUUGGCUGGCGCUGGGAAGAUAGAAAUAACUCCGGACGAGUAGGCCUGAAGAAGGAUGAGAAAGAGAAAAGACUACGUCAUGAUCUGAGGUUGAUAAUUAGUGGAGAGAGGUGGACGAAAGCAAAUGUACAGAAAAGCAAGAAGAAACGCGAGGAUAAUGAUGGAGGGGCGCCGGCGGCUAAGAGGUUGAGAUCCAGUCGGAACGACUCUCAGAGACCAUCGCAGGAUGACGAAGAUGACUCUAGCUCGGGUUCUGACUUUAUACCCCACGAUGGCCCAGCAGGCGGCGGUGGAAAGGCAACGGCAACCGCAGAGAAGAACGGAAAAGCACCAGCGACCGGACCGGCGAGCAACGCCGCGCAAGUCACAGAACGAACACCAGGACGACCAAUGACCAGGGCAACCAUGGCAAAUGCAGGGGGAGGGCCAUCGAUGAGGGAACUGGGGCGAGGUGUUCCUCUCUCCACACCAGGCACCACUAGACUUAGCGCCGCUGAAAUGCUAGCAAGGCAAUCGAGAGAUGACGAUGCUCCGCGUGGACAACCCAUGGUACGCCCUGGAGAUAGAGGAGCUCGCAGGAACUACCCCCUUGCUAACAAUCUAUCGUCAUUCUCACGCAACAUGCUACCCAUGCCCGGGCGUCGCGAUCCUCCGACACAGCUUGGAGGACAGCGCCCAUCGCUUGCUGGAAACAUGGUAGCACCGUCCGAUCUCAGAGUACUACUGCGGGCAGCUGAUCAUGAUGCCACACGCGCCGACGAACAGGCCGCGGCAGACAUGCACAGAUAUGAGCAUUCGGUACUGACGGCCGUAGAUAGGCAUCGCGAGGUUGAGCGUAUUCGAGGUAUGGUUGCACAGGAGGAGGGGGGUGCAGAAGGAGAGGGGCAUGGGAAGGAUGGGGACGAUGGAGAAGGAGGCGGACAGGACGAGGAGAAUGGGAAGAAGAAGAGGAGGUAG